CACACCCCGUUCACGAACACAUUUCACGAACACCCCACCCACAUCAAAUCUUGCCCACCAUGGAUAACAUGAUCAACAAGGCUAAGGAGUUCGCCUCGUCGGACCAGGGUCGCGACAUGCUGAACAAGUUCGGCGGCGGCGGCAACAACAACAACAAUGACAACAACAACAGCGGUAGCGGAGGCUUCGGCAGCGGAGGCAACUCGGGCAGCGACUCCUACGGCAGCGGAGGCAACUCGGGCAACGACUCCUACGGUAGCGGAGGCAACUCGGGCAACGACUCGUACGGCAGCGGAGGCAACUCUGGCUCCGGCGGCGGCUUCGGCGGCAGCGGUGGCCGCAACAACGAUGACUCGUACGGAGGCGGCAACUCUGGCUCCGGCGGUGGCUUCGGCGGCAACGACAGCACCAGCUCGGGUGGCUUCGGCGGCAACAACCAGGGCGACUCGUACUCGAGCGGCAACCAGCGGGGUGGCUCCGGUGGUGGCCAGUUCGGCUCCUCUGACAGCGACAGCUACGGCAGCGGCAACCAGCAGGGUGGCGGCGGUGGCUUCGGUAGCGGAAACCAGGGCGGCAACGACAGCUACGGCAGCGGCAACCAAGGCAGCGGUGGCUACGGCGGUGGCAACCAGGACAACUACUAAAUUCUCAGUCCUCGUCACUCUCUCCUCUUGCUGUUGCUGAGCUGAAAUGAAAUGAAAAGUAAAUGCUACUCAAACGGAUGUUGCAGCGUGACUGAGAAAAUGAACCAUUCAUCGACCUAUAGCUAUGAAAUUUGGGUACCAUGCGACUAAUCAUUGCUCUUGGCUCUUCGACUCCGUCUGCGAUGCGACUUCUGGCCCUUGUUCGCCAGCGCUCUCUCCCUGUGUACCCGAAGCUGCUCCGACGUCCUCGGCGCCCUUGAAGGACAUCUUCUUGCCGGUGUUGGCCUCGUAGUUCUUUGCGUUCUGAGCGUACUUG